AUGGAGUCGCCCACUCAGCCUGCUCAGGCGAAGCCGGGUGAGGUGUCUACAACCAAGCCGCAGGAUCCUAAACCCCGUCUUCUCCUGAUGGGACUUCGUCGGUAUAGUGUCCAAACUCUGGAGUCCAAUCAUGAGGACAGUUCUGACUUGGAUAGGAGCGGCAAGUCCUCCAUCGCCAGCGUGGUCUUCCACAAGAUGCCCCCCAACGAAACUCUUUUCCUGGAGUCGACCACUCGUAUCCAGAAAGAUUCCAUCCACUCGUUCAUGGACUUCCAGGUCUGGGACUUCCCGGGUCAACUGGAGUACACGGAGCCGUCGUUUGACCUGGAGGCUAUUUUUGGCAGUCUCGGGGCCCUCGUCUGGGUCAUUGACGCGCAGGAUGACUAUCUGGACUCGGUCGCCCGUCUGAACCGUACCAUCCUGACCGUCCAGCAGUGGUACCCAAACAUCAACAUCGAAGUCUUCAUCCACAAGGUUGACGGGCUGUCGGACGAGUACCGCACCGACACUUUCCAGGAUAUCGUCCAGCUGAUCUCGGAUGAGUUGAGCGAUAACGGAUACGAGAAUGCCCCGGUCCACUACUACCUCACUUCCAUCUACGACUACUCGGUCUUUGAGGCGUUCAGCAAGGUGAUUCAGAAGCUCAUCCCCAAUCUGUCGACUCUGGAAAACCUCAUCAACACUCUCGCCAACAACUGCGGCUUCGAGAAGACCUAUCUCUUUGACGUGCUCAGCAAGAUCUACAUUGCAUCCGACACUCGUCCGGUCGACAUGUCCUGCUACGAGAUGUGCUCGGAUUACAUCGACGUCAUCGUGGACAUCUCUGAAUUGUAUUCGUGGGACCACCCGGACCGCAAGCCCAAGGGGGACCAGAACCAGGAGGCUGAGAGCCACGUUGUCCUGCACGACGAGACCAUGAUCCACUUGAUGGAGAUGAACAAAUACCUGUGCCUGGUCUCUGUCAUCAGGAACCCCGAAGCGAAAGAGAAGAAGGGCCUCAUCGACAUGAAUUGCCGUACUUUUCAGGAAUCUCUCAACGAAGUUUUCUCGCGUAGCUGGGAACAAGAGGCAGAAGCGGAACAGGGCCCCGAGCAGGGUAGCCUGGAGGGUGCGGUGCAGGAGCCAGACAACUGA